UUUUAGGGGUAUAUAUUUAUGUAUGUAAAUAAGAAACUGCACUACUUCCGAAUAUCUGUGUUAAUAUACAAACAAUAAAAGCAAGUAUACCUGCCAAAGUCAAGGCUUUUCAUCGAUGUUGUUUGGAAUCCCAUCUACUAAUACCUAACCACCAGACUCUUGACCUUCCAAACAUAUGUUCUGUAUUUCUUGACACAAAACCAGAAACUUACAUACAUUGAAUGGUGUGCCAUAUAAAUGUCCCACCUGAGAGGUUUUGAAUUAUUAACUGCUGGACCAUUCAGAGAAUAACAACGAUGAAGUACUUUGUGAUCUGUGUUUUAGCUGGAAUCGUUCUUUUCCAGGCGGCAUCGGGAUUCAAGCGGCGAGUGAUCUAUGUGGUACCAGCCACCACAACGAACACAACGACAGCACCAUUGAACGCCACGGCGAACGCCACGGCGACCGCCCCCGAAGCUCCUGAGGUGGCUUACAAGGUGGUCUUCUGUUCCUGGAAGAACAACUGGUGUCGUCCCGCCUCGAACACCGUGAGCAAUUGCAAGUGGGGCAUCUGCAAGUUCAAUGGAUAAAACUCAAUAAAAGAAACGUUGAUAAUGUUUAGCACAAAUCUCUUGGGUUUUAUUUUUGAAAGUCUGGCUUGGUCAAAAAAGAGACUUGCUGGAACGGUUUCUUUCUUAACUUGAUACUGGGAAAACCACACGGAUCUGACCCGAUGCAUUGUAAGGCUCAUAUGAAAGCGUUAGCAAAAAUUAUAAUCCAUACUAGUCUUAGUAGCUAACUAAAUUCGAUCCAUGCAAAUCAUCACCGAAUAGGAUUAAAGCUUAAUGGGUUAGCGCUAGGAUACAAAAUAGAGGCUUGGUUUGGGUUAGUUAUAUGGUUAUUGGUUAGUUGAUGAGGGUGAAACAAUACUUGUCCCUAUAGAAGGGUGCUUACAGAUUAAACUAAUUCUAAUAACUAGGGUUAAACAAUGCGUACUAAACUUAACUUAGGAUAUGCAUGUGUGAUGGACAAAGACUUCAAUAGAUUGAAGAUCUUUAGGAUUUCAUUUUUGACCAAUACGGCAUAGAUUUAUUAAGACAUUUUUCGAUGGUAACUAACAAAAGUUUAGAUUCACUUUUCAAUUUGGCAACCGAAAAUAACUGAAAACUGAAUUUUUCAGAUGGUUUACAAAAAUCUAUAUAAUAUGUAUGUAUAUAGCACAUCAGCAGAGCCGAAGUUUAUAAUUUUCAUUAGGAUACAAAGGGAAUUGUAAUAUACUGUGCACCUCAUGAAAUUACAAGUAUGAUCAUUUUCGUUUCAGAACUAGCAAUAGCAAAAUAUAAACAGGUCAUUAACCUUCUGGUCUAAGUAUCUGAUGAGUCAAUGUAUAUUGCUAUCGUUUAUUUUUUUUUGUAUUUGUAUAUAUAUGCGAUAAUAAUAGAUAAUAUUGUAAGUUCGAUUUUUAACACGUUUCUCAAUACUCUUAUCAGUUACUAUCAAUUUUAGUUUGGUUUCAUACGUUCCUUUUUUUUGUGGUUUAGUGGCCACUGAGCAGGAUCUUAUUGUAUAUUCGUUAUUUAGUAAUAUUUAUUCGAUUUGCUUGCUUGCUUUGCCGCUUCA